CAAAAAAAGAAGCAAUGCUUUAAGUAUUCUACAUUCUAAUACAAUAUUUAUAAGGUAUAUCUAGGUGCCAUAUUGUGAUUUAGGAAAUCGGUAGUUUUUCCAUUAACUUACUAGGUCUUAUCAUUUUUCUUAUUUAAAAUAAUGGAAACAGGUUUUCCUUAGAGUAUUCACAGAGAUAAUAUGACAUCUAAGGUACAGGAUACUGACAUUAAUGGCAGAGGACUUUCCAGUCUGUCUUAGUUUUAGAUUUGUAAAUACCUUCCAAAUUACUUAAGUUCUGUUCUUCCAAAUCUUAUAGUAAAACUGAUGCUCCAUAAGGUUGUACUACAAAUAUUCUGCUGUUUUGUGUCCUCUCUGCAUAGAAUUGGGGCUGUGCAUACUCCAGUUUGAGAAGCAUGUAGUAUACGGCACUUGGAGUUGAUCAGAAAACUUAGAUGGAAAAACGCAUUAUCACUAUAACCUCCAAUAGCAAGAAAUUAUUAAUCGGUUCCAAAAGGAUAUUUUUAAAAGCAUCUUGAAAGUGGUUCUGAAGGAGUCUUAAGGAGCCCUGUUAAAGGUAUUAUGUGUUACCUUUAGACACAAACUUCCUUAACAAUUUGGGAAGGAGCAACCUGGGGCCUAGAGGAAGGAUUCUGGCAAGAGAACUAAUUUCAGGUAGGGUAUCUUGCAGGUAACCAUCAGCGAGCUUCUGCUUAGGCCCCCAGAAGCCUAGGCCCGCUCCCAGCACUAGCCCCGCCCCUACCCGGGACCGCCUCAACACGUGCGGCGUGCCUGCACUGCGCAUGCCCGCGGGGAAGGGGCGGGGCGAGCCGAACCCUGGCAGGACCUGCGUGGGGAAGAUCAUGGCCAUGCUGUGUCGGCUGCGAGAGGUGCCCCGGCACUUGUUGGUCUGCGAAAAGUCCAACUUCGGCCACGAGAAGUCGCGCCACCGGCACCUCGUGGAGACGCACUAUCACAACUACAGGGUUUCCUUUCUGAUUCCUGAAUGUGGGAUACUAUCAAAAGAGCUGAAGGACCUGGUCAUGGACUCUGGACCCUAUUACUUUGUGAAGGAUUUACCUCUUCAUGAGUUAAUCGCACACGAAUUCAUCAAUACUUUUGUCAAGAAAGGUGCGUGCUAUGCACUAACGUACAACACAAAUAUUGACGAGGAUAAUACUGUGGCCCUGCUACCAAACGGGAAAUUAAUUUUAUCACUGGAUAAAGACACUUAUGAAGAAACUGGACUUCAAGGUCGUCCGUCUCAGUAUUCUGGCAGGAAGACCAUGAAGUUUAUUGUUUCCAUUGAUUUGAUGGAUUUAUCCUCUAAACUGGACUCUAAGAAGUAUAAAAGAAUAUCUUGGGCUUUCAAAGAAAAGAAACCAUUGAAAUUUGAUUUUCUUUUGGCGUGGCAUCAAACAGGUGCGGAAGGAUCAACGAUGAUGUCAUACUUUUCCAAUUACCGGAUUCAGGAGCGGCAGCCAAAAAUAGCGCUGAGCACGGUGACAGAUCUGCCGUGCCCCGUGCUGCGGAGCAGCGAGCUCAGGGGCGAGCCGGAGGCGGCCUGCAGCGCCCAGGAGCUCUUCGAGUGGCUGGGCGCCGUCUUCAGUAACGCCGAGCUAAAUAAUGAGCCUGAUAAUUUCAUAUCAACCUACUGCUGUCCCCAGCCAAGCACAGUGGUGGCGAAAGCUUACCUGUGUACAAUCACUGGUUUCAUCCUUCCAGAGAAGAUACGUCUUCUGUUGGAACAGCUGUGUCGCUACUUUGAUGAACCAAAGUUGGCCCCGUGGGUGACGUUGUCGGUUCAAGGCUUUGCAGACAGCCCUGUUUCCUGGAGAGAAAACGAACACGGUUUUCGAAAAGGAGGAGAACAUUUAUACAACUUUGUGGUUUUUAGUAAUCGGGACUACUGGCUUCAGUUGGCUGUUGGGGCAAAUGAUGACUGUCCACCAUGACAAGCACAGAGUUUAAAGUCGUGUUUGUUUACGUUUAUGCUCGUUUUCCGUAUUUCUCGGCAGUAUAAGGACUGUGUUCACUCAGACUUGGGUGAUGAGGACAUUUCUCAGAUCAGCAUCUGUUAGCAUCUGCCCUGGACUCGGGCCCAUCCUGUGACAGGCUUGCCGUCAGGUGGAAGCUCAUAGUUGAUUUCUCCCUGUCACUAUGAGCCCAGGGCGUGGGCUACUGCGUCGUAACUUGGGCCACGAUGGCCAGGGACUGGGGGUUAUGGGACCACUGGGUAAGAUGUGUGCUGUGAUUGUGAGUUUCUCACAUCAUAAUAACAAGAAAUCCUUAACAUCAUA